UCUAAAUUAUUUAGUAUUAUCACCGAAAGUAUUGUGCUAAAUCUUAAAAUAAUUACUUACUUAAAAUAUACGAGUUACAUUAAUGAAAAUCAUAAAAAUGGUCAAUAAGUUAUGAUAUCUCAUACCGUUGUUGUUUAUCUUAGGAUUUGAAAUGGUUAUUAAAGCAAGAAACGUAAAAUCUUUUCUCUAAUAAUCAUCCACGAAUACAGGAAUGUAUCACAUACUCCGAAUAAUUUUGUACAGGCUGUGGAUGCUGUCUACGUUUACUUUAUUGUCUAGUAUAAUUGUGUUUUGGUUUUAUGGUUUUUUCGUGGCAUUUGCUGUGUUCAGCUCAGGAAUAUCAGGAAUAUUGUACAAUGCACAAGAUUUACUUUUGUACUACCCCAAUGACCCACCAGAUUCAAGGAUAUUUGUCCUGCAGCCAAGUAAUUAUAAAUUACCCUAUGAAAGUAUUAAGAUAAGAAAUAAAGAUGGCUUAAAGAUUCACAUGUUUCUCAUAAAACAAAUAGAAAACAGUAAAGGGAAACCAACCAUGAUAUUUUUUCAUGGCAAUGCAGGAAACAUGGGCCAAAGACUCUCCAACGUAUCUGGUUUUUACCACAAGUUGAAUAUCAAUAUUUUGAUGGUAGAAUAUAGAGGAUAUGGCUUGUCUGAGGGCUCGCCCUCAGAACGAGGUAUCUAUGUUGAUGCCCAAGCAGCAUUUGAUUACAUAAUGCAAAGGAAUGACAUUGACCGAACUAAAGUAUUUUUGUUUGGAAGAUCCCUAGGUGGCGCAGUGGCUAUUGAUUUAGCUUCAAGGCUGAAGUACAAGAAUAAAAUAUGGGCUGUUGUUGUAGAAAAUACAUUCACAAGUAUACCCGAUAUGGCCAAAAUAAUACUUAAGUGGCGAUGUUUGCUGUGGCUGCCACUUUUUUGUCACAAAAAUAAGUACAUGUCACUAUCUAAGAUCGUGCACGUGGUCGCGCCUACGCUGGUGAUGUGUGGCUCCAAAGACGCUCUAGUGCCCCCUAGAAUGGCGCGGGAACUGUACUUAAAGUGCGGUGCGGUGGGGAAGAAGAUAGCGGUCAUGCCAGGCGGGGGUCACGAUGAUACCUGGACUUGUAGGGACUACUACGCCUCCAUGCAACAGUUCCUGGCGAACGUACCCCCCCUCCCCGAAGACGUUAUACCGUAUUAUGACAACGCCAAAGAUCUAUCCAUCACGCGAAUCGUUGUGCAUACUGUGUGAAUGGUUAAUGGUUCUGGCAUACCAACAAGGUUGAGGAAAUCUGUGAACGCUCACUGAAGACACAAGUCUUAACUGUCGCAUUUAGAGAACGUUUAGUGCCUGCUUAGCUUUUAUAAAAAAAUGACAGAAAAUAGAAUAUUAUCUUCAAAUUAAUGUUAAGUGAUCAUUAAACAUAUCUGUGAAUGCGACCGUUACACAGACUAUUGCAAUGCAAAAUAUUGGUUUGUAUCUUCAUGAGUGUUUGUCUGUCACUGUUAAGGCCUGUCCGUACUGCGAAUUUAAACCGCGCGGAUUUUUCUCGCAACAACGAUGAAAAAAUGAAAAUUCGCAGUGCGGACAGGGCUUUAAAGAAAACAGAAUGUAAUAAAUUGAGGCAGCUGCAAUUGUUUAUACAGUUGUGAUCGAGUCUUGCAAAAGUGCGUGUUUAUGGUUUAUUAUAAUUAAAGACCUGAAAAUAGACAAAAAUACCUUGCGAAAUAUCUGUAUUUUAAACUUAUGCUUGCGAACUUUAUGGUUAAGCCACACAAGCGAAAUUUUGUGAGUCGUAAGUGGCAGAAUUUUUGGUUGCAUCAAUUAUUCUUACUAUU